AUGUCAGAUGCUGACCUCAUCAUCUCCCCCUCUCCCUCUCCCCCUCCCCUCUUCCACUGCGACUACACCGACUGGUCUCCCUCCUUCUCCAUCAUCCCAUCUGUCUACCUGCUGGCUUUCCUGGUUGGUUGCCUCGGCAACACCCUGGUGCUCUGGGUCUACCUGGACCGAGCUGAGGGGAGGAGAACAAGGACCAGAGAGAAAAAACAAACUGGAGUUGGAAGGCUUUGUUGCGCCCACAUUUUCAGAAGCAGUCAGCAGAACAUUGACGGACCUGGUAGAGUUCAGCAUGAGAAAGAAAACUGUGGAUUUUCCUCGGGACAAAACUACAGACCCUCUUCUCACUCCUCCUCCUCCACCUCCUCCUCCAAUCCUCCCUCCAUGCCUCGCCCCUCUCGCUCACUGACAGACUCUCUGAUAGCCAGCCUGGCGUUGGCUGACCUCUGCUUCCUUGUGACCCUCCCUCUGUGGGCCGUCUACACGGCCAUGGGUUACCACUGGCCCUUUGGGCAACCCCUCUGCCAAAUCAGCAGCUUCCUCACUGCUCUCAACAUGUAUGCCAGCGUGUUCAGCCUGAGCAUGCUCAGUGUGGAGCGGUACUGGGUUCUGACCGGACGCCGCCACUCCGGCCACCAUGCCCCGCAGAGCUGCCCCAGCAGGGCUUUGUGGAUACUCGGGGGAGUGUGGGCGCUGGCGGGGGUGUUGGCGCUUCCUGGUUUGCUGCUGCGCUCCGUUCAGGAGGUGGAGCUAGACUCUGAAUCUGAGGAUGAUUGGCAGCUAGAGCCUGCUGACUCUGGAUCAGUCUUCCUGUCCUGCCAGAUGGAUUACUCCAUGCUGAUGGGAGCAGAGCUGGAGGAGGCAGAAAAAGAGAGGGCAGAGAUGUGGUGGACGGCCGCCCUGAGUCUUAAAUCAACUCUAAUUGGCUUCCUGCUCCCUCUUGUCAUCUUGCUGGUCUGCUACUGCUCACUGGCCCAGCUCCUCAGCAGGCAUUUUGGACAGGGCCCUCGCCCUGACCGCAGACGUCAGCGCAGACUCCUCAGGGUCAUUGUCACUUUAGUGAUGGCCUUCUUUCUGUGCUGGCUGCCCCUGCAUGUUAAUAAGACUGUGUCCAUGCUGCUGGAGUUUGGUUUUGUCCCAUACUCCUGUUCUUUAGAUCAGAUUUUACUGGCUGCUCAGCCCUACGUCACCUGUUUAGCUUACCUCAACUCCUGCCUUAACCCUCUCCUCUACGCUGCCUGUGAUCCCUCUUUCAGGAAGAGAUGCAGAGGAGCUCUCCUCAUACUGUGUAGAACAAGUAGAAGAGGAGCAGAGGGAGCGAGGGAGGGAAAGAAGGAUGAAGGAGAGGAAGAGAAAGAAGAGAGGAGCUCAGCUUUUCCCACAAGAACACAGGAGGAAACAGCAGACAGGACAGUGGAGGAGAUGGUGGGGGAGGUGGGUGGCAUGGUGGCUGAAGGGUGAGAGGCCACAGGAAC